AUGGAUAUUGCUCCCGUUUUGUCAAAACGAGCUCUUGUAAAUUAUUUAGCCAAAUAUGUAGCCAAAUGUGAGUCCAAAUCAUUGAAUUUUCAUAAUAUUGUUAGUGAUUUAUGUGACAAGGGCGAUGUUUCCAUUAAAUCUAUAAUCCAGAAGCUGUAUAUUAAGGUUGAUACCUAUGAACACAGAGGAAAGUCUAUCCUUCAGAAGUAUGCUGAAAGAUUGCCAAACUAUGACAUGAAAAGUCUAUGGUGGAUGGCCAAAAAUUUUAGUUUUUCUAACAAAAAACUUAGAAUUAAUAAUCCAGCUAUUGUGGUUGUAUGCCCAAAAUUUACCUUGAAGAUGUUGUCUGACAGUAAGAGUCAGUCCAACAAUGAAUUGUACUAUGGAUUUAAAGUUAUUUUGCAUGUACCUUGGCGUGAUCUUUCACAAUUUAAAAUCACAGAUAAUAUUUCUUGGCAUGAUUUGUAUCUUGAACACCAACAAGAAAUAGAUGCAGAUGAUUAUGAAGCCAUAUCUAUACCUGCUGAAGAAGAAAUUACAUCUGAUGAUGAUAAUGAGUUUCUUGAUCCAUCGUAUGAUGUUACAACUGAGUAUUACAUGGUGUCAUCUGCAAUGUUACCUGACCAAAAUACCCAACGAACUUCACUUGGUUCACGUCAUAUUGAUGUGUCCUAUAAUUGGGCUGCUGCAUCAGACGAGUAUUCUCAAUAUGGUAGUUGGCAGGAACUUGCAUCUUUUAUUUCUGAACAGAAGAAGCAUUUUCAGUCUGAAGAAAAUAUUCCACCAUACCCUAAUGUGGAGUUUAAUGAAGAACAAGCAUCUGUGCUAGCCUUAGUUGAUUCUCAAAUUGAUAUGAUUAAAUCUACUUGUGGAUCAGUUAGUAAUAUUGGAAAAUCAGUAAUUGUACAAGGAUCUGCAGGUACUGGGAAGAGUCUAUUAAUUCGUGCCUUGACAAAUAGAGUCAUGACUGAAUUUGGACAGAAAUCUAUUAUGUUGUUAGCACCUACUGGCGUUGCUGCUGUUAAUAUAUCAGGUUCUACAAUACAUUCCAAGCUACAUAUCUCAUCCAUUAAUGAUUUUAGUGAUCUAGAAAAAGAAGAAUUUUGUAAUGACUUUAGAGACACUAAAUUUAUUGUCAUUGAUGAGUAUAGCAUGAUUGGAUGUGGUAUGAUGGGCAUGAUCGACAAAAGACUGAAACAAGCUACUGGCAAUUAUGGAGAACCUUUUGGUGGCCUAUUCAUCUAUUUUUUUGAUACUCCUUUGUACGCAACCAAAAAAAUAACUGAUGUGUUGAAGCAGCAUGGCAAAAUGGUUUGGGACAAUAUAGAGUUAAGUAUUUUUCUGAAGCAAGUGCAUAGGCAGUCUGAUUUAGUCUUCACAGCUUUAUUGAGUAGAUUGAGUAAAGGUAUGAUUACUCAUGAAGACUAUGAAAUUUUGAAAGAAAGAUUUACUAUCAUUGAGCUGCAUCCUGAAAACAAUGAGCCUGUGCCAGUUGCAGCAAUUAAUGCCGACCAUAAUUCUGAUGUUGCCCGUAAUGGAACUUCUGAUCAGGCUGGUGGACUUGUGCCAUCUCUUCUUCUUGCUCCAUCUUGUCGAAUAAUGCUGAGGACUAAUUUGUGGACAGAGCAGGGGCUGGUUAAUGGUGCCAUGGGUCAUCUAGUUGAUAUUGUAUAUGAUCAGUCCAUUAAUCCUGAUGCAGCCUUGCCAAAAGUGUUGAUGUGUGUAUUUGAUGACUACAAUGGUCCUUUUCUUGGUAAUGAUAGUAGUCUUAAACUUGUUCCUAUCCCUAUAAUUACACGGUCAUGGAAGGUCAAUGGAGCGUCAUGCAGUCGCAGUCAAUUUCCUGUGCAAGUUGCUUUUGCUGUGACUAUACACAAGUGGCAAGGCCUCACAUUGUCCAAGGUAAAAAUUAACAUAGGAGAAGGAAAGGAAAUGUGUCCUGGGCUAUCCUUUGUAGCCAUUUCCAGAACUAAAGCUUUAACUUCAUUAUUGCUGGAACCUUUCUCUAGCAGAAGGCUUUUAAACAUCAACAACUCAAAAGUUCUGAAGGCAAAACUCGAUUUUGAGCAGGAGCUGAAAAAUAAACAACUAAUGUUGUCCAUUAUGUUUCAUAUGUCCAGCCCAAGUAAGCCGGUUGGUGCCAAACUUCGUAAUGCGAAGACUAUGAUUAGGGGACAAGACUACAAGAUAGACAUGAUUUAUCAGGAGAUAUCCAAGUUCCCUGAUUCUGUAACUGGCGAAUUUGCACUCAAAACCAUAGCUGUCUUCAAAGAUCUGGAGACGUUCCUAUUCUAUGUUUACUUGUGCAAAGACUAUGACAAUAAGGAUCCGGAAUCGGAAUACAUUGUCAGCAUUAAUAAUGAUAUCCAAAAUGGUAAAGAUGUUAGAGUUGUUUAUUAUGGCUCUAUUGGAAGCUACAACGUGACAAAGCUGCUCCUUGAUGGCGAAGCUGUGAAUCAGUCAACACUAGCUGGUGUGUCUGCCAAAGAAAGUAAUCGACCUGCCCCCUCUGCACCUGCACCAGGUCCUUCUUCACCUUCUGUUUAA